GAGCGAGGCCAGGGACCGAAUUUGAGUCCUCAUGGAUACUAGUGGGGUUUGUUGCCGCUGAUCCAUGACUAACUUCUAAGAAACUUUAAAUUCGAGGUCAUUUAAGAUUUUGUCAGCAGAUGGCACUUCUCUCCUUACCAAAUACAAGUCUCUCCAAAAAGAAAUACUGUUUCUGUUUCUUUGCUGCUGCUGAGCUCCUCAGACUUCUUUAGCACAUCCAAACAUUUCUCCUCAGUUACCGUUUGCAGGGAUUUAGUCUACAAUAUCUGUUUAUGUGUUUUGUGUAUACUCUCUUUCCACAAAGGACUUGAAAUUGCUUUUAACACACAGUAUGCAUUAAUAAAAUAUGAGGAAAAGGAGAAUAUAAAAUGCAAUAUAGAAUAUAGGAUUUGAUUCUGAGUUGCAGGUAGCUGGAAGAAAACAUACAAAAUAUAAAUACAUGGUUUACAUUACCAGGUUACUGGGUGAAUGGGCAGGGAGGGAGAAUGACUUUCCUAGGGCUUGAAAUUAAAAUGAAAGUUCUCACCUAGGAUAUAUUGGAGGCAAGUUUCUAUCUAUUGUUGUGCCCUUCUCAUGUCUCUGACCUAAUUUAUAAUGUUAUUCCUGGUCUGUAAAAACUAAAGGGUACUUUUACUACCCUGCAGCCUCAGGCCUGCCUGACCAACAUUUCUCAACCUCUAAGCUUCAAUUUUUUCAAGAUUCAGGCUUCACGCAGUCUCUCAUCCUACACAGGUUGUUUAAACUGCCUACAGGGGGGCAUUGUCCUGGGCACUGGGAACAGAAGCAUAUCCAUUAGACAGGUCUGGGUGUGCUCAAAUCAAUUUAUAAAAUUUUCUUCUGUCAGAGAGCUCUUACGUAGCUCAAGAAAACUUAAGAGAGUUAUGCCGGGCAAUGUUAUAACGGAAAGCUAAACCUGUGUGAUUGACCUUAAGAAAGCUUUAGGAUUGUUCUAUUUAAAAAUAAAUCGGUAAAUUGCAACUCGCCCAAGUUUCCAAUAGAAAACCAGACUAAAGCUGGGGCUUCCACACAGUUUGCAAGGGACGGCCUUGGUGGGCAGCAGCUAGAGUAGGAGAGGGCGGGUGAGCGGAGGGCCCCAAGAUGCUUGGCAGCGAGGAACCUCAAGAAGCGGUGUCUUGCCCCUCCCACUGCAGUCUGGGGUUGGGAUUGGGGGGGAGGGCGGGGCCGGACCGGGGGCUCUAGGGAGCGAGACCCGGCGUUGGGCUCCGAAGAGGGGGGCCUGGCCCCCAGGACCCGCGGGAGGCGGUGGCAGGGCGGCGGCUUUGUGGCGCGCGCGGGUUCCACCGCGGGCGGGGCGGAGGCUGGGCGGGCCAGAAGCGUCCGCCGCUCCAGCCACUCGGCCCGGCCGCGGGCACCCCUAUGGCCAGCCCCACGCCGUCUGGCUUCCCAGCGCGCACCAACAGCCGCCUGGAUGCGUUCCUGCGGAGGCGUCUGCCGCCUGAGGUCUACGACGCCAUCCGCGCCUACGAGCCGUGCAUCGUGGCCUCCGAUUCGGAGAAACACACCUUAAAGUACGUGGUGCUCAGCGACCGGCUCAUCUACCUGACCGAGAACCCGCCCAAGUCUAUCCGGCGAGUAGUGGCGCUGAGGGACGUCGUGGCCAUCGACCUGAUUGAUGAUUACCCAGAAUUUUUGACUCCACCAAAUAGAGAAACCAAUCAACACAUUCGUAUCAUCUAUUAUUCGACUCUUUUGAAAAAUGAGUGUGAAAAAUCAAAAGGUGUCAGGAAAUUCUUAUUUCCAUUUCAUCAUACCAAUGCUAACAACAAAAAAGUUAAAGAAGAGAAUAAUGACCCUGUCUUUUGGAAAGGAAAAAAGCUUGAAAGUCUGAAUGAAUCCCUUUUCAGGUACCAUCAAGAGGGCAGCACACCAUCGAAGGACUUCACACUCUGCCCUCCUUCAGACCUCAAGAAGCUGUCCCUUCACAGCCAAAGUGCCUGUGGACCCUUACCUACCCCCUCCAGGAGGAGCUGUCAGUCUGCAUCAGCCACUGGCAAGGCUGUCAGUGUGCCAUUUGGCACAACAAACACAAAAGAACCCCAGGGGCUUUCAGAUCACAAAGACUCUCUAAGUGAAAUCCCUUUCAAGUGCAAUGGGAACGGAAAUGAGUUUUACUUAGGAAAUUCCUCCAUGGCCUCUCCUUUACAGAGCAACCCAAACUUAGAGAAAAAGGAGUCAGAACUUCAUUUGUACAUUAUUUCUACAACCUCUUCAAUGUUUCUGCACCUGAAAAGUUCAUGGAACAAUUAUAUCAUAAAAGCUACUCUUUUGCAAGAUCCCCUAUAUGUUAGUGAGCUCAGUCUUGCUACUGGAAGUCAAAGACCAUACAGAUCUGAGGAGAAAAUUAAGCACUUCGGUCAACUUAAAUCUGAACUUUUUCUUAAAGACAAUACUUUGAGGAAGAUACUUUGUUUAACCACAGAACUUAAAGGAGCAGCCCAGAAAAACUUCAUUUUGAAAAGGCUUUUCUGGAAAACCAGUGACCUUUUCUAUUUCCUCGUGAACAAACUUCAUGAGUACUUGCCAGAGUCUAGGGAUAAGAAUGCACUUCAAAAUAAAAGCCAAAGGGCUGAUGAGCUGCUAGCAUGCAUUGAAAUUAUACAGACUCUGGGACUGAUGUUCAGAGAAACAGAAACUGAGUCAUCACGCCUGAACACAUUGGCAGCUAAGAAGGGAACACUUUUUAAUCUUGUGGUAAUUUUAAUUAGCGAGCCUCAGAUUCCAAAAUCAUGUCCUGUGUUUGACAUCCAAUUGGUGGCUGAUUCAACUUUAGUUGAGAUGUCUUUUGAUGCUGAGUUACAGAAGCUUGUCCUGGAAUAUACAGACACAGCUACAGCACUUUUAUAUGAGAUACUUCUUGUCUUUCAGCAGGGAAAUCUUGGCUCGGGGUCAACAAAUUUUGCUAUUAGCUGGAUGAUGUCCUUUCUACAAAGUCGUCCUCCCACAAUUACUUUUGUGGCCAGUGUUGUGAAAGAAGUGGUGAAGGGGCUUUCAGCUUCAUUUCAGCUGCUACGUCCUAGCCAAGCAGUUCUGUUGUACCAAAGACUUUACAUCCUCAAGAGCUGUCUGCAGUAUAGCAAGACUUUGGCUGAGUAUAUUAGGAAUGACUACAGAGAAGAAUUCAGGUAUUUUAUUCACAUGCCAGCCUUGGAAAAAAGGCUUCCAUUAUGUUACCCUAUUACCCAACCUACCACUCAACUUUUUCAUGAAGUUCUGAAACUGGUUGAACAGAAACAAUAUCUGAAAUGUUAAUGAGUAUAAAAUGUUGAUUGGGAGUCAAUAUUUAUGAGAAACAUUUUUGAUUCAUUAUCUGGCUAUUCCUGCAUCCUAUAAACAAAGAUUUUAUUUGAA